AGGUACAAGGCGGGGGUAUUGGAUUCCAUUCAUUUACUUCCUGGAGAACUGAUUGGCCGAUCGUAUCGCGCUCUUGCGAGUUGUGGCUUGCGGUGUGAAGCAGGCACCCAGAACUUACUCACAUGUCCUGGAGUUUUUAAUAUAAUUAGAAAAUAGGUAGAGGUGUCGUCCUCUCCGUAUAAAAGGCACGCUCAGCAUUCCUGCUUCGUACAUUCUCUCUCCUUCCUAUCUACUACAACAAGAAGGUUAAAACGAACGAAUAUAUCGACUAUGCUGUUGAGUAUUAUCUCGGCGCUGCCCGCGUUGGUCCUCUACGCUUGUAUAAUUUCGACAGGGGCUUAUCUUGUGUAUUGUAAACGUUGUUCUGACAACGCUACUAAACCGGUCUCAGUUAAUUAUUUCUUUACGCGGAAAUGCAACAAGACGUGUGGUUUCUGUUUCCACACUGAGAGUUCCUCCUACGUGGCCUCGGAAGAUGAUAUGAAGAAGGGGCUCCGCCUUCUCAAAGAGGCUGGAAUGCGCAAAAUCAACUUCGCUGGCGGUGAACCAUUUCUCUAUCCUGAAAAGCUUGCUAUGCUCUGCCGUUUCUGUAAAGAAGAUCUCGGCCUAGAAAGUGUUAGUAUUAUCACCAAUGGUACGAAAGUGACCGAGAGGUGGAUGGAGAAGUAUGGCCAAUGGGUUGACGUCAUGGGUGUGAGCUGUGACAGCUUUGAUGAGGCUACAAACAUAGCUAUCGGCCGCGGCACGGGUGAAAAUGUUACCCAGCUAUUCCGCAUCCGUGACUGGUGCCGCAAGACUGGCAUCAAGUUCAAGCUCAAUACGGUAGUGUGCACAUACAACUGGCAGGAGAACAUGGCAGAGACGGUGCAACGUCUAGACCCAUUUCGAUGGAAGGUCUUCCAAGUACUAUUUGUGGAAGGGGAGAACGAUGCGGAAGAGGAUGCGCAACUGAAGAAUCGAAAGCACAACGCCAAGAAGCUCCUCAUCUCGGACGAGCAGUAUGAGGCUUUCUGCAAGAAGCAUCGACACCUGAAUUGUUUCAUACCAGAGCCGAACUCGGUCAUGGCAUCAAGCUACCUAAUGAUCGAUGAAUUCCUCUGUUUCCUAGACAAGGGUGCGGGAGUAGAGAAGCAAUCACGGUCGAUCUUGGAGGUUGGGGUACAGAGAGCACUUAGAGAGGUUUAUUGGGACCAGGAGGCUUUCAACAAACGGGGAGGGAUGUACGAGUGGACGAAGGAUAUUAUCAGUGAUGGGGUAAGCGGUUGCGGGUCUGUUGACAAGAGGUUGACGGACUGGUAAGGUUGUCUACCUACCUAGGUAGGUAGGUAGUUGAUGUUCAGGUGAGGGAGAGUGUGGGGGAAAUGGGAUGGGAUGGGAUGGGAUGGUAGAGACGGGAAGGGAAAAGGGAACUUGCAUUAGUGCAAGAAAUGAAUGGAUAGUGCAUGAAGUGGAGCUAUAUCUCGUUUGGCGGUGUUCCGAUUAGUGGGUAGACCCUAUUAAACCCUGCUAAAUCUAACAAGGCGGGGGUGUACCUACAGCGCGGAUCGGAUCGGAUAAGGCACUAGUCUAGGGCUACUACCACUAUAGUAUCCCUUUUCUACAUAUGUAGAGCCGCACGUUAAGCUUGUU